AUGAGAGGCCACUACAACCAAAUAUUGUUGGACAAGAGGAUUCUUGAAAGCGCGUGUAACCGCCUCUUGGAAGCUGAAAUCAAAUUUAUCAAUAAUGAGCUUCAUAGUAGAAGGUAUAGAUUUGAAUUGGUGAUAUGGGUAGUUGUGUCUAAAGAUUUAAGGGCCAUGAUUCAAGAAAAAUUUGUUGAAAAACUAGGCCUUCGUGGAGAAGAAUGGAACCAAAAAGAGGAAAGCGAGAAGGCCAUUGCUAUUCAUAAUGUCAUGAAGAGAAAGAAAUAUCAGUACUUCUUGAAUGACAUAUGGGAGAAAGUGGAGUUAACAAAAAUUGGAGUCCCAAAUCCAACAAGAGAAAACGAAUGCAAAAUAGCAUUCACUACUCCUUCUUGGGAAGUGUGUAGAAGGAUGGAGGUCUAUGAUCCAAUAGAAGUCAAAUAUUUAGCAAAGGAUGUUGCUUGGAAAUUGUUUAAGAAGAAAGUUGGAGAAAACCUAUUUAUAAACGAUCCAGAGAUCCGCGAACUAGCAAGAGAAGUUGUGAGAUAAUGUUGUGGACUACUGUUGGCUCUACAAGUCAUUGGCGAGACCAUGUCAUACAAAACAAAAAUUCAAGAAUGGAAAUCCUUAGUUGACGAUUUGAAACUUUCCUCAGUAUUUUCAUUUAUGGAAGAGCACAUUCUUCCGAUUCUAAAGUAUAGUUUCGACGAUUUGAAGCACGAAAGUGCUAAGUUGUGUUUAUGAUACUGCGCC